AAAUCAGAACAUAUUGAUGUGUUAGAUUGGUCCAGUCAAGACUUGAAAAUCGAUGUUCUCUUUCCUCCUUUACUCACAUUUUUAUGGGCAUUUCCUUCUUUUUCUCAACCUCAACUCUGUUGGUUUGUUAAAUUAAAUUCAGGUGAAGUCUGCGGUUGAAAUGUGACAAAACGUGAUAAAGUUAAAGCAGUACGAAUACUUCCGCAAAGCACCGUGCUGUCCUUUUAAAGGUAUUUUAUUUACUGCGCUGAUAUGCACAGCGCUGACUGACGGCUUAUUCGUCAAAGUUGUGCAGCCCUGCCCAUCUGCCCCUAAAACACUGCAGCAAACUGCAAUCAGAAGAGUAACAGACACAGGAUUAUGGGGCAGCGUAGCCGUGUUUUAGAGGAGCUCGGCUCGAGCUGACCUCAGCGUGGACGUCCAGAGCGUACGCAGAGAUGCUAACUCUGCACUGCUUACACAUACAUAGAAAAAAAAAGAUACUCUUGCCUCCUACCAAGACUUCCAGCUGGCUCACACUACACACACACAGACACACACACGCAUACACACACGCACUGAAAUGCCUCUUGAAAGGCUUGAAAGAGAGAGAGGGGAAGAUGGGAGAGAGGAUGGAGGAAGCUGAAGAGGGAUUGGGCAGAAGCUUAGGGAGACUUGAUGAGAACAGAGGGGUGUAGAUGCAAAGAGUAAAAGUUGCGGACUGCAGAGAGGAGGAGAAGAAGAAGGAGGGAUGAGGAGUAUACAGUAUGAAAAAGACGAGGAGAGGACUUCAGGGGAUACUGCUGCGAGGAAGAGAGGAAACAAAGACUCCAGCAAGGUCUUGUGGCAUCUUGACAUCUUUAGGAGAAGCUUUCGGCAGCUGACCACUCAUAAGUGCAUGGAGGACUCAUGCAUCUUCUGCGCUCUAAAGAGUAUCUUUGCUCAGUUCCAGUUCAGCAGCGAGCGCGUUCUGCCGUCAGACGCACUGCGGAGCGCGCUGGCCAAGACUUUCCAAGACGAGCAGAGGUUUCAGCUGGGCAUUAUGGACGACGCUGCCGAGUGCUUUGAGAAUCUGCUGAUGCGUAUCCACUUCCACAUCAGCGCGGAGAGCAGGGAGGACAUCUGCACAGCCAAACACUGCAUACCACACCAGAAGUUUGCCAUGACUUUGUUUGAACAGUGUGUGUGCAGCAGCUGUGGAGCCUCUUCGGACCCCCUGCCCUUCAUUCAGAUGGUUCAUUACAUCUCCACCACGUCCCUCUGUAACCAGGCGGUGAGGAUGCUGGAGUGCAGAGAGAAACCAACACCGGACAUGUUUGGAGAGCUGCUCCGCAACGCUAGCAACAUGGGAGACCUGCGCAACUGCCCUAGUAACUGUGGGGAGGUGCUGCGUAUCCGCCGGGUUCUGAUGAACUCACCAGAAAUCGUGUCCAUCGGGCUGGUGUGGGACUCGGACCACUCUGACCUAGCGGAGGACGUCAUCCACAGCCUGGGAACCUGCCUGCGCCUGGGAGAUUUGUUCUACCGUGUGACAGAGGAAAGGGCUCGCCAGGCGGAGCUCUACUUGGUGGGCAUGGUGUGCUACUACGGCAAGCACUACUCCACCUUCUUCUUCCAGACCAAGAUACGCAAGUGGAUGUACUUUGACGACGCCCACGUCAAAGAGAUCGGCCCAAAGUGGAAGGACGUAGUGUCUCGCUGUAUUAAAGGCCACUACCAGCCCCUGCUGCUGCUCUAUGCUGACCCCCGUGGGACGCCGGUGAUACUGCAGGAGAGCCCCAACCCUUGUACUGGCUCCAACCCACAGCUGGAGCUCCAGCACUGCAGCAGCAAGGCUGGUUACGACAGUGAGGACUCAGGUCGGGAGCCAUCGAUAUCCAGCGACACACGCACCGACUCGUCAACGGACAGCUCGAGCCACCGCACGUCCCGCAGCCGACCCCUGCAUCAGUCCACGGGCAGCCGGCUCUCCAGCGAAUCCCAGACCACAGUGGUCUGUAACUACGACUCGCCGCCGCUCGGUGCUGACGCUGGAGAGUCAGCAGUGGAGGCUCCAACCUGCCACCCCUCUCCUCCCCUGCAGGAGACGGCAGUCUUCCUCCUGUCUUCACGCAGGCCCCUCACCUCCUCCUCCUCAUCCUCUCGCCCCCUUUCCUCCUCGUCUUCUUCAGGAGUCGGGGGCUGCGAGGGCGGGGCUGGGGGGCCCCACUGGGAGGAUGAAAGCACGAGCAGUGAGAGCAAAUCCAGUUCCUCUGGAAGCCGCUACCGGCCAACCUGGAGGCCCAGGAGAGAGGCCCUAAACAUCGACAGCAUCUUCACCCGACAAAGAGACUCCCAGCUGGGCUACAGUGCUGCACCCGGCUUGUCUCUCCCCGCUGAGCCCCAGCAGCCUCUCCCCUUUGUGGGAGCUGCCACACAACCUGGACUGGAGGACGUGGAACGGAGGGAGAUUGGGGAGGUCGGGUUUGGGCUGGUUGGGCAGCCCAGGUCUUCAAGCGGCGGGCGGACUAUGGUUCCUCCUGCUCCUCCACCUCUGAGAGGGGUGGAGCACCAGCCACGUCUGAUCCAGAGAAUGGAGAGUGGCUACGAAAGCAGUGAGAGGAACAGCAGCAGCCCUGACAGGGAGGUGGGGCAACACAAACGGGUGCUGAUGUCUGGACCUUCAUGGCGUUCGGUGCCCAAGUCAAAGAGCAGCGGUGCUAUUAUGCAGGAGCUGCCUCAUCCCUGCUGGGUCAGCAGCUCUGACACAGGCUCUGGGCGCAGUGAACUGGAUGAGCUGCAGGAGGAGGUGGCCAGGAGAGCCCGCCAGCAGGAGCAGCAGAAGCGGAAGGAGGCGGAGCGGGAAGCAGCCAAGGGGUUCAACCCCAGACCCAGCAAGUUCAUGGACCUGGACCAGCUCCAACACCAGGCUGUGCUCAGACCCCUGCAUGAGGCUAACGCUCAUAGUGGAUUGGCUGUAGCUGCGUGCAUGAGGAGCACUGGGGGCCCAAUCACACGCAGGCAGGAACAGGAAAUGGAACGGGACACGGGAAACGCCCACCCACAGGGGCUUAGCAGUGAACAGUCUGGCUCGAUCCAAGUACUGCUGACACCCAAUCAGGAGGAGGAAGAGGAUGAGUCGACAAGCAGCAGGGCCGGUCCUCAGGGUCAGAACCCGACCCCGCCUCCUCCGCCUUACCGCCCCGCUCCCCCUAGACCCUCGCUCACCCUCAGCAUCAGUCACCCCUGCAGCCCGUCCGUUCAGGGUGAGGAGGAGGAGGAGGAGGGCAGGUGUGCUGGUGAGGAAGGUGAGGAUGGGAGUGAGGGGACGGGGGUGAGGCUGUGCGAGUUACUGCAGGCCGGGGGAGUGAGUGUCCGACCCCUGGGGAAGCACUUAGCCAUCUCUCUACCCUCACUUCCUCUUCGUCUCUGGGAUACACACACCGCAAACGCCUCACACUCCACACACAACCCCCCUCCGCCCCCGUCACACCCUCUGGAAACUUAUGGGCAGAGGAAACCCCUCACCCCGCUCUGGCAGCCGCCCCGCCCACAUUCCCCCGACGGAGGGUGGCAGCAGCACGCCAUCCUCGCCGAUGGAAGCACGCGUCACUGGUCCUCCUGGAGCCUGGACCGCCCGGAUGCUGUGGUAACACCAUACGACACGCCCCCGGACCGGUGCUUUCCCAUCAGGCCGCAGAACCCUAGUCAGAGCUGCAGCUACAGUUGUCAGUCUUCUCCAGGGCACUACAGCUCCCAGCAUGCCCCAGGGCAGCACAGCGAUCUCUGCUGUGACCGUGAAGAGGCUGAGCUGUCCGAGCUGGACUCCCUUUACCAGGCCAGUCUGCAGGCUGGAAGAUCAGGCUGCAGCCCAUCUGAGAGGCUGAUAUCCAGGAUGGGAGGGCAGACGCGCUCCAAGACCCCCAACGCCGACAUGGAGAGGAGUGUGUACGGGGCGGACAGCACCAGCACCCCCACCUACCUCAACAAGCCAGUGAUGUUGCGGGAUCCACGUUUUGGGGCGGAGCCAGAUGAUGGGGAGAACCAGAGGCGAAUCGGACGCAGCCUGAGCGGCACGGUAGUGACCUCCCGCCGCAGCCGCCUCACUACAACCCGCAGCUUUGAGCUGUCGGGCAGCGCUGGAAGUUUCUGGCUGUGUCUGACGGGGGUCAAGCUGUCCUCGGACCAGAGCCCCACCCUGCUUCACUGAUAUCCGGCCCCCCGCCCCCUUCCUCUGAAACCUCCCCACGACGCAGCGGUGUCGAGGUCGCAGGCGGCGUCGCCUCGACUGACCUAGGAUCGGCUCAGGACCAUCGUCUCGACAGCCGUCCUGCUCCAGCACCUUCUCCUAAGAAACAAACACAUGCACGCACACAUCUGCACUGAGGUUGAGCCUCCCUCCGCGCCUGAAGCUCCCCACUUUACUUGCCUUCCCUCCCUACUUACUCUGUCUAUGCAGUCACUCUGACCCCUUAAACUACAACCUCCCUUUCUUUCCCGGGACUGUUUCUCGUCUCCCUGCGGGGUUUUUUUAGGAGGAUUCCAGGUGUCCGACUCGGACGAACUCGUCCUCCACCCCAACAGGACCUUUCAGCUCAAUGGGAGACUCUAACCAAGUAGCCACGCCUCUUCCUCUUUCUUCAUGGGCAUUUUCCCGUCGGACGCACAUGUAUCUGAACUGCCAUAUUUUUGCUCUCGUUUUCUUGCUGGGUUUCCUUGAGGUUUUUGUUUUCCUUCCUGAGACUGAACUCUGAUAACUAAACCUGUACAGAAAAACACAUGUAUGAAACCUGUAUGUUAAUUAAUAAGACCUUAUGGAAUGUUGAUAAUUAACAAAUAUUGCUAAACUAAAAGUGGUACUUCCUCAUGUCUGCAUUUCAAAUAGCAGUGGAGUGCACUUCACAAGUGUGUAGAUGGAGUUUCCGCCCCUAAAAUACUCCCAAAACUCGCCCCCUUUUCCCUCACCCCAAAAGAAACUGCUCGCUGACUUAAUGACGGCUUUCCCGCUUCUACUGGGAGAUUUAACGAGAAAAGCGCUUCCUGUUACUUUGGUCUUUGCUUUCUUUUGCUUUUCUUUGUUCUGAAAGGGAAGCAGUAGCACCACAACCGAGGAGUCAAGAAAGGAAGACGAGAGAGAAAGAGAGGAAUGUAGGUUAGAAAACCUGCCUCUUACAGGCUUUUUAUCAAUGAACAUGGAUGAUUCAAGUGCACUUUGCAGGGAAGAAGGGCACUUUUAAUCGAAGGCUGAUGGGGAGAGAGCGAGAGAAAGAGAAGUCCUUUUGGUUUUGUUUUACUUCAAGGCCUCAGGUGAACUUCAGUGGCACUUAUAAAUUCCCACUUUUAUGAUUUCUGACGCUGGUUUCGAGACCCAGAUGGGAGCAAAAACGGCACAUCUUCAGCCUGAUACAGUUAACGUGUCUGAUAGAGUAUGCUUUAUAUAAUAAAUAUGUAUUAGAGGUAUAUUUUCAGCCAGUGAGCUAUCUUCUUCAGAGAUGUCAACCAUUACUCUGUGGUGUUGAACAUUUAAAUCCUUCCCCUCACAAAUGAGUAGCAUUCUGACAUAUCUAGUCAGUUUA